CGCGGGAGCCGGGCGCCAAACUCGAAGCGUAAGAUGGCGGCGGAGAGCUUGUUCAACCGGCCCGUGAGCGUGCAAGUGAGGUGCCAGGGCUGCGAGGAGAGGAGGUUAAAUGUUCGAGUGAACGUUGAGCUACUGUCAAUUUCGAAUCCUGUUCAUAAAAAGGAUUUAGCUGUUCGAUUGACUGAUGAUACUGAUCCUUUUUUCCUUUAUAACCUUGUCAUAUCUGAGGAAGAUUUUCAAAGUUUAAAAUCCCAGCAGGGUCUCUUGGUAGACUUCUCUGCUUUCCCACAAAAAUUUAUAGAUCUGCUUCAACAAUGCAUUCAGGAACAGAACAAAGACAUCCCAAGGUUUUUGCUGCAGUUGGUUUCUUCAGCGUCUGUUCUAGAUCACACACCUGUCUCUUUAAAUGUAGUGGAGACCAACCCUUUCAAACAUCUUACCCAUCUCUCUCUAAAAUUUCUACCAGGAAAUGAUGCAGAAAUAAAGAAGUUUUUAGCCAGCUGUUUGAAAUGCCUUAAGGAAGACAAAAUGAUGCUGGAAGAAAAGCUUAGAAAAACUGAAGAGGAUCUUACCAGACAGCUGAGCUACACUCAACAGAGCUUGUCAGAGAAGAGCCGAGAACUAGACAAACUGAAAAAUGAAUGGACAUCACACACUGCAGCUCUAACAAACAAACACACCCAGGAGCUGACAAAUGAAAAGGAAAAAGCUCUCCAGGCACAAGCUCAGUACCAACAACAGCAUGAGCAACAGAAGAAGGAAUUAGAAAAUUUGCAUCGGAAAAGUACCCAACAGUUGCAGAACAGACUCUCAGAACUCGAGGUCAUCAAUAAAGAUCUAACAGAAAGGAGAUACAAAGGAGACUCCACAGUCAGAGAACUGAAAGCAAAGCUUUCUGGAAUGGAAGAUGAAUGUCAAAGAGCAAAGCAGGAGGUGCUGUCGCUGCGUCGGGAGAACACUACUCUGGAUGCUGAAUGUCAUGAAAAAGAGAAACUCAUUAAUCAGCUGCAGACACGAGUUGCUGUUCUGGAACAAGAGAUCAAAGAUAAAGAUCAGCUGGUUAUUAGAACAAAAGAAGUAUUAGAUGCGACACAAGAACAAAAGGUGAUACUGGAAGAAAGUACAGAGAAAAAACAAAGUCAUAUUGAAAAACUGGAGACAACAAUUAAGUCGUUGUCUGCUGAACUUCUUAAGGCUAAUGAAAUUAUCAAGAAGUUACAAGGAGACUUGAAAACUCUCAUGAGUAAAUUAAAAUUGAAAAAUACAGUGACAAUUCAACAGGAAAAACUGUUAGCAGAAAAAGAAGAGAGACUUCAAAAAGAGCAGAGAGAAUUGGAGGAGAUGGGACAAUCCCUUCGAGUGAAGGAGCAGGAGGUUAGCAAGCUCCAAGAACAGCUAGAAACAACAAUACAAAAAUUAGAAGAAAGUAAGCAGUUACUGAAGACCAAUGAAAAUGUAAUCACAUGGUUAAACAAACAGCUGAAUGAAGUUCAGAUGGCCAAGAAGCUGGAGCCUUCUGCGGGUACACACGCUGGUGUGAGGGCUGCCAUUUCGCCUCAUGGCAUGUCUGACCGACCGUCCUUUCCCAGCUCAGGAAUCAGUCAUCCCAUUUCUCCUCUGUAUGCCUUCCAGAACUUUCCGGAACCGGCACACAACCAAAAUGUCAAUUCCCAGCGUCCAGUACCAAAGGUUCACUUCAACACGCAGCUUUCAAAAAUGACUCGCUGCUCAGAUGUCCCAGCAGUGACUGCAGCCGCUCAUCCAGCAAAUAAGGAGAAUGGUGAUAAUUUGGGGCUGGAUUCAAAGUAUUUCAAGAAAAAAGACGACAGCAUUCCUUUACGAGGGCUCAGUCAAAACACAGUGAACUCAGAGUAUCUGAAACCCUACUUAACAGCAAAAGCCCAGCCGUCACCGAAAGCUGCGGUAACACCAGCCUCAGCUUAUUUUCCUGGAUAGUAGACGGGGCUCUUAAAUAAGAGCACUCUUUUAACCAUUUAGGCAACUUUUGGAUGUCCUGUGAUAAUGUAUUAGUAAAGUAUCAAUGUGAACUGACAUCAUUUUAUAAGUCUGAAUCUGUUUUCUCUGAGAAAGAUGCCUUGACUGACCUGGAUGACUUUUCAGGAUACUUGAGCCUAAAGAAAAGACGAAGCUUUAUGCAGCCUCAGCUGUAGCUGUAGUUACGCCACUGGGGCUGUGCAGAAUUCUCAGCACACGGGAGACACUCGUGUCUGCCUAAAAACCCACUGAAGUGCACUGACUUUUUUGUUAGCGGAACUGACAAGCGUGGCUGUGUAACAGCUGAAAUGUGCACUCUAGCAGGCCCUGCGAGAGAGCAUUCCUCUCCGAGAACUUUCUUGAUGCCUUUCAGAGAAAGGCUGGUGCAAAUGGGAAGUGCUGGAGAACAGGGUGAAGCUGUCGAUGGCAAUAAUGGUCAAGCUCAUACGUUAGCACGACUGCCUCACUAAUCCUCCCUGACAGUUUUGAUUUUAAAAACUUGUUUAAUUUAGAACCAACGUAUUUGAAUUGCAUACAGAUUUACAAAUAUAUUUAAUAUUAAACAUGCUAAAUUAUUUCAUGGAAGGUAUAAAAUUAUAAUUUAAAACUCUCAUUCUUGGUUAUCCCAACUUUUCUAUUAAUCUGUCAGUAUUAUACUCUACCGGCCACCACGCAUAAAAAAAAAAAAAGGUUCUAAGGAGAAGUAUCUGAACAGUUAACUAUUGAAAAGUGUCACAACAGCUAAAAGCUACUUAAUUUUUACUAAUGGUAAGGCUGUGUGAAAUGUAAGAUACUCUGACACUCAAGUUUAGGGGGACUGAGUCUGUUGGGCUCAUUCUACUGCCCGGGUUCAGAUGCUGGAGUCAUGUAACAACUUCAUUCGGUGCCACCUUCUACUUGGUGUCCCAGUAAAGAAUGGGCGUGCAAGUAUUUGUAAUAUACAAAAGACACUUUUUAAAUGAUUAUUUACAUACUUUUGCUGUUAAUGAUAUUUCAUACCUUUUACCUUAAGUAACUAAGUGCAUCCAGAGGAUUGUCUAUUUAAGUGGUUUGUUUUGCAGUGCAAAAUGUGUAUAUUUGUUUAUAAAUCAGCACCAUGUUAAUGUAUAUUCACUUGUUUUGGCACGUGUAAGUUUCAAAGGCAAUAUUAAAUGUUUUUUAUCAAAGCCUCUGCUUAGUAAUGUUUUAAGAGUAUGAACCCAACAUCUCCACUGUACUGAAAUUCCAAGCUGAGGUAAGUGCCAGAAUGAUACCAUUUCAUUCACCUUACCUUUUUCUGGAGUUUUCUUCCCAGCUUGUUCGUUUCCCCGCCCAAGGCGGUGCUACUGGACCACCCUGGCUGAAGGUCUGUGCUUACGCUGCUACUUCUAGCUAAGUUUUAGUAGGUGUAAAUUAAUGUAAAUCUAUUUAUCUAGAAGUAUUGUAAGCUGCUCUCAAAGAGGAAGCUGGUAAUUAAGAU